AUGGAAGUUGUUGUUGCAAUAAAUCCUGUGAGGCAUGUUAUGCAAAUCAAAGGAAACAAAACUAACGGCUUUUCCCUAUUCGGAGUAGAAGGCAAACUUCUACAAAUUAUUGCAGACGUAUUAAAAUUCAAUCUAAAUUUUGUGUCACCAAUGGACAGAGAGUGGGGAUCGAGAAAGCCAAAUGGAAGUUGGACAGGUUUAAUUGGAAUGCUGCAGAGAAAUGAAGCCGACUUCGCAAUGACAUUCUUAAAGAUAUCAGAGGAUAUUCAGACUGUUGUUGAUACAAGUACACCUUACAUGCAGCAAACAGUAAAAUUUAUUGUUGGUAAGCCUAAACCACAAUCAACUUCUGUUGCAUUCUUAAAAACGUUUGACGUUUCCGUUUGGAUAGGCGUUGGAGUAACAUUACUAGUUUUACUGCUUCUUUUCAAGAUUUUGUUAAAGGAAUCCUUUGGAAAUACGUUCUUAGAAUUUGUUGGGAAUUUGGUAAAGCAACCAACUACGAUACCAAUCACAUCAAAACCACGAGCAUUGCUUUUGGGGUUCUGGUGGUUCUAUGCGUUAGUGAUAUCGUUUUCGUAUUCGGCUGCUGUGCUGUCUUUUCUUUCUUAUCCAAUGAAUGAGAAAGCCAUACGGAAUUUUGAAGAUCUAUCAAAAGCUGUGGAAAAAGGAACGCAUAAGUGUUUAAUAUUACGUGGUUCCAAAUUCGAGUACUUGUUAAUGAAAGCAACCGAUUCUUAUUUUCAAGAUUUGGGUAAAUUGAUUGAAAGAAACACUUGGUACUUUAAUAUUGGGGAAAGAAUAACUGAAAAAGAAUUCACGGAUACGGCAAUAAUGGAUUUAGAAUUCAUGCUGGAAGUAAACUACGGAUUUCUUGAACAAGACUCCACACUUAAGUCAACUGAUUAUUUUGAGUCACCUUUUACUGCCAUAUCGAUAAAUAGGAGAUUUUGCUGUAAAAGUGCCGUAAAUACUGUUAUAUCGAGAAUUCUUAGUUCUGGAAUUUUCAAUAAAAUAAUUAAAGAUGAAUUGGUAUUGAACUGGAUUUCCCAAAUACACGAACCAUCUGUGGAGCUGAAAGCAGUUACAUUAGAAGAUGUGCGUGGCCCUUUCUUAAUUUUAUUUGGAGGAUAUAUUAUUGCUAUAUUUUUUUUAAUUGCUGAAAGAAUAUAUUACUCAAUGAGAGGAAAUAAUAUAUCACAAAAGAGGAGUAUAAACACGACAUAG